AUGUACUUACUAUCUACUUCUUCCCCACCGUUGCAGUCUACUGGCAGUACAUCGGACAUUCCCAAACUGGCUCUUUCUGAUAUCUCUCAAACUGCAGCCUCAAUCUCGAGACCUUUUGAAGAGCCCCUUUGUCAUCCUUCGCUGUCGGAUCGGCCAACCUGCCGAGUCCUGACGACUGAUGUUAAAGACAGCCAUCGCAGCAAUGGUGUUUGUUGCAGUAAUAGCAGCAUGGCUGAUAUGCGUCAGCGAAGUUACAGUGACGCUCUUCGGCCUGAAAGGCAUCGCUCCCGACGAUUAGCUAGCCGGACGCAGUUUUUGCAUGAGUCCUGCUCACGGACUUCUGUCCAAGGUGGUAUGCUGCCCACGAUAUUGCCUAAGCAACAGGAAAAACAGCAGAUUGGAGGGUCUGGUACAUCUUGUGGGCCGAUGUCGGUUCCAAGUGCCUUUGGAGUUAAUCCAGCUCAAUGCAGCACUUGCCCAUCCUCCAAUUCAUCAUCCGCUUCCUACCCCCGUUUCUUAUCUUCGGAGCAGCCUGUUUCUCUUCAAUCUCUUGUUUCCACCCCAGUUACUAGCUCUAAUAUCACCACAAAAAACUGCGUUACAGUUGCCAUAUCUUCUUGCAUUCAGGCGUCUCGGCUUGAUGUCGCUACGUGCUGGGAUGUCAGAUCAACCCUGAAAAAUGGCCGACCAACUCUUUGCUGGAGCCAAAAAAGGAAUUCAGGCGGUGAGCGAGUAGCAGAUGCUGACUCUGUCUCUGGUCAAGCUUUGGCGACGACGAUGACGGUGAAACCAUUUAACGCUUGUCGGAACGAAACAAUAGCAUCAAUUUCAUCAACCCUUCCACCUGAAGCAACUACAACGCUCACGGCAAGAUCCAUGACCAUAAAGGAGCCUAAAGAGGCAUCGAGAAAUUCUGUAAAUGACAUAGCAACAUGCCUAGAGCGUUUGAUUCAUCCCAGU